AUGACCAGCCCCCCCAUCCCACGCCACCCCCACAUCCACCACAUCCCCGCCCACACCCACGCCACAGACACACACCCCGACCAGCAUCCCCACCCCCACCACAACAGCACACCCUCACCACAUACCGCACACACCCUAGAACCCCACGCCACACACCUCACCCACACAGCCCACCCCCACCACCCGACGCUCAAUCACCCCACCACCCCCCCACACUUCCCACCCACAUACAAAUCCACUCCCCACGCCACACACCCACACCCCCCCACCAGCUCGCACAUCCAACCCACGCACACUACACCACAUUCCCCCCGCCGACCCAGCACCAAACCAUCCCCCACGCACCCACCACGCCACCCCCAAUCCCACACCCACGCCACACCACCCCCUCACUCCAGCACUCACCCCUGCCCUCACCCCAGCCCUCAGCCUUCACACCAGCCUUCACACCAGCCCUCACCCCUGCCCUCACCCCAGCCCUCAGCCUUCACACCAGCCCUCACCCUGCCCUCACCCCAGCCCUCAGCCUUCACACCAGCCCUCACCCCUGCCCUCACCCCAGCCCUCACCCCAGCCCCCAGCCUUCACACCAGCCAUCACCCCUGCCCUCACCCCUGCCCUCACCUCACCCCUUAUCCAGCCCUCACCCCUUACCCCAGCCUUCACCCUUACCCCAGCCUACCCCAGCCAUCACCCUUACCCCAGCCCUCACCCCAGCCAUCACCCCUUACCCCAGCCCUCACCCCAGCCAUCACCCCUUACCCAGCCCACCUCAUUUAA